AUGAAGAUUCUUUCCGCAGUCGUCGCCUGCGUUGGGCUCGCCUCCCAAGCCGCAGCCUGGUCCCAUCGCCAUGGUGUUUGCGUCCCCUCCAGCCACGCACCGGCCUCGUGGCCCGGCAUCAUUCUGAUUCUCUCUGCAGUCGUCGUCGCCCUGGCCGCCGUCCGGGCCCGCACCGAAGGCGCCUGCGUCGGCGCCGACCCGGCCCUGCAGUGGCUCGAGGCGCGCCUGUCCUCCGGCGCGGCCAUCUCCUGCCGCGGGCAGCCCCUCCAGCAGCUCAACGCGAACCGCUACUGGGGCGAGCAGUUUUCCAAGAACGCGUCGGUGGUGGUGUUCCCGGCGACGGCGCGGGACGUCAGCCAUGCGGUGCAGGCGGCGCGGUGGUCGCGGGCGGGUGGCGGCGACAUGGCCAUCGUCGGCGGCGCCCACAGCCAGAUCAACGCCAGCAGCAGCUACGGCUUCGUCCUGGACAUGUCCUGGAUGAACAGCUCGCGGUUGAUCCGCCACUUCACCAACCCCGACGCCGAGGCGGAGGAGCCCUUCGCGGCGGUCGAGUACCAGGGCGGCGCCACCUGGGGACAGGUGCAGGCGGUGACCAACGGGUCCGGGUACGCGGCCGUUGGGGCGCGCGUGGCCAACGUCGGCGCCGGCGGGUUCACCCUCGGCGGCGGCAUCGGCUUCCUGGCCGGCGCGUACGGCUUCGCGGCGGACCGGCUGGUGCAGGCGGAGGUGGUGCUGCCGUCGACGGGGGAGGUGGUCCUCGCCACCAAGCGGAACGAGUACGCGGACCUGUUCUGGGCGCUGCAGGGCGGCAGCGGCCAGUUCGGCGUGGUCACGCGCUUCUGGCAGCGCGCCGUCCCGGAGCCCCGGAGGAGCACCCUGGGGUUCUACUACGUGCGGGACGAGGACGUGGCAAGGCUGCGCAGGCAGACGGUCGACUUCUUCCGGACAAACGACGAUCCCUUCAACGUCGUCUACUACAGCUUUGGGUACCUGCCGCAGGAUCUCAGCGACCCGACGGCGCGGGGGGGGUACGCGAGGCGCACGCUUCUGAUUACGCUGCACUUCGAGGACGAGGGCAAUCCUCACCAGCGGGACGCUGAGGCCGCUUUUCGCGACUUGCUCGACGGUAUUGACACAUCGCAGAGCACCGUGCUCUCUACGGGACACUACGCGAACCUCGCGCUGGUCGGCGAGGCGGCCUAUCCGUACGGGCACCGGCGCGGGUUCUACGGCGCGCAGACGUCCACCAUCGACGAGGCCUACCUCGCCAACCUUACUGAUACGUUCUGGUCGUACAUUGACACUUUGAUAGCACGCGGUGAGCAACCGCAUUCGGCCUCCAUGGUCAUGCAGUACAUGUUCCCAGGGCUCAACGGGCACCUCCCCUCGUCCGACUCAGACACCGCGUGGCCGCACGCGUCCGUCGGCCACCAAACACUCAUCACACCAGCCUACCAACACGCCGAGAAUGACGCACUCACUCUCUCCACGGUGCGCGCUCUCAAUGACAUCACCUACGCGCAGCAGCAGCACCGGAGUAUCGGCGUAGUCGGGGGCGGGUUCCUGGCAAACUACCCCAACUACAUGGCGCCGGGCGACGGAGGGUGCCGCGUCUGGGGCCACAACGUGGACAGGUUGAUCCAGGUUAAGGAAAAGUACGACCCAGAGUGCCUGAUACGAAAUGGACGCGUGUUUGCGAGUCCUGGGUGUCUAGGGGGCGGCUGGGCGAACGUGUUUAGCGACUGCGGAGAGUUGGACGUGCAAUGA